AUGGACUUGGUUGCUUGGCAUUCUCCUAUCAUCAUGGUGAUUACGGAAACAAGAUUAAGUGGUGCGAGGGCUAUGGAGAUAAUAAAAACUCUCCCUUUUGAUGGGGUUGAAGUGACUGACACCAUUGGGUAUGCAAGAGGUAUUUGGUUGCUUUGGAGUUCGAAUGUGGUGCAUGUGGACAUUCUAGCAACAACCAAGCAGGAGAUUCAUGCUAUUAUCCGGGUAAGAUCUCAAUCCCUUAACUGGUUAAAUAGUGCUAUUUAUGCUAGCCCUAGAUUUAUAGAAAGAUGUAUUCUUUUGGAGAAUUUAAAAAUGUUAGCAAAUAUUCAUGAUCUUCCUUGGGCCUUUAUGGGAGAUUUUAAUGAAGUACUCUCAGAGGAGGAAAAAUCUGGUGGGAACCCGUCCAUUUGGCUCAACCAUGAGGAGUUCCUAAUUGUGGUCAGGGCAGCUUGGGAAGGACAAGAUGUUAGGUUGAAGGGUGCAAUCUCGGAAUUUACGGUAAAGGCCCAGAGAUUGAAUAAGGAGGUUUUUGGGAAUGUUUUUGCCAAGAAGAAGCUAAUUAUGGCCAGGCUACUGGGUACUCAAAAAGCUUUAGCCUCUCGCCCUAACCCUUUUCUUAUCAACCUCCAAAAUCAAUUAUCUAAGGAGUAUAAUCUUAUUCUUCAAAUGGAGGAGGAAAUCUGGGCAACGAAAGCAAGAACAAACUAG